AUGACUGGACUGCCUACUACAUUAAUAUGGAAUGGUGUUGGACACAUGGGCAACUCCGUCAAGCACCACCCUUCUGGAGCUUAUGGACCUCAAAAACAACUUCCAGGUUUGCACAAAAAUGAAGAAGAAGAACGCACAUACUGCGAUCAAGGCUAUUAUAAGGAGGCUAUUAAAGAGGGCACAGACAAGUAUAAUGGCGGCAAAAGUAAAGACAAAGAAUAUGACGAAGAUGAGGAUGGUGAUGGUGAUGGUGAUGGUCAAGAGGAGGAGGAGGAUGACAAUGAUGAGGAUGGGGAUGGAGAUGGAGACAAAGAGGAGGAUGCUGGCAGUUUUGAUGUUGGCUUUGACAAUUUGUGA